CGAACGGAAAACUGAAAACAAACGUUUGUAUUCGUCUUCGUCAUAUUUGUGUUAUUUGGUAUUUUACGAGGCAAUUUGAUAGUUUAGUGAUUUUAAAGAAUUUGGUAUAUCUUCUCUACAAUUUAAAGAAUAAGUAAAAUGGACGCUGAUCUAUAUGAUGAAUUUGGCAACUACAUUGGUCCAGAAUUGGACAGCGAUGAUGAAGAAGACGAUGAACAAGAGCAACAGGAAGAGGACGAACAACAAGAAUAUGAUGAUGAGCACAUGGAAGAUGAACCCCAACCCAUGGCUAUAGUCCUACAUGAAGACAAACAAUACUAUCCGUCAGCUUUGCAAGUUUAUGGCCCGGAUGUUGAGACUAUAGUCCAAGAAGAAGAUGCACAAGCCCUGGAUGUACCUUUGAUCGAGCCUGUCAAAAAGAAAAAGUUUCAGCUGAAGGAACAGGAUUUGCCCGAGACUACUUACAGCAUGGAAUUUUUAGCAGAUAUGAUGGAUAAUACUUCUCUGAUAAGAAACGUUGCCUUAAUAGGCCAUCUACAUCAUGGAAAAACUACUUUUGUAGAUUGUCUUGUCAGGCAAACUCACCCAACAUAUCAGGAUAAUGAAGAGAAAAAUUUACGAUACACCGAUCUACUUUUCACUGAACAAGAACGAGGGUGUUCAAUAAAAUCAGUCCCAGUAACAUUACUAUUGCAAGACAUCAAAAACAAAAGUUAUUUAAUGAAUGUCUUUGACACACCAGGCCACGUGAAUUUUUCAGAUGAAGUCACUGCUGCUAUGCGUCUUUGUGACGGUGUUGUCCUAUUUAUUGAUGCAGCAGAAGGUGUCAUGCUAAACACUGAACGUUUAUUGAAGCAUGCUGUCCAAGAACAAAUGCAAAUUACUAUAUGCAUCAAUAAAAUCGAUAGGCUUAUGUUGGAAUUGAAAUUGCCCCCUCAGGAUGCUUAUUAUAAGUUAAGGCAUAUUGUUGAAGAGAUUAAUGGGUUAUUAACGUUGUAUUCUGUAGAUGCUAAUCCUCAAAUUGUAUCUCCUGUAUUGGGCAAUGUUUGCUUUGCAAGCUCCCAAUAUGGAGUAUGCUUUACUCUCAAGUCUUUUGCUAAUAUUUACAAUUUAUAUUAUGGUGAAGUCAAUGUGGAUGAGUUUUCAAAAAGGCUUUGGGGUGAUAUUUAUUUUAAUCCUAAAAAUCGUAAAUUUACCAAAAAAGCUCCUCACAAUUCAGCCCAAAGAAGCUUUGUUGAAUUUAUACUAGAACCUUUGUAUAAAGUUUUCGCCCAAGUUGUCGGUGAUGUUGAUACUACUUUGCCUAAAGUUUUGGAUGAGUUGGGAAUCAAAUUGACUAAAAAUGAAAUGAGAUUGAAUAUUAGGCCGUUACUGAGGCUCGUUUGUAAUAAGUUUUUAGGAGAUUUCAAUGGUUUCGUAAACAUGUGUGUUGAACACAUACAUUCUCCAUUAGAAAACGCCAAGAAGAAAAUCAAUCACAUCUACACUGGGCCUUGUGACAGCAAAGUUUAUGAUGACAUGGUCAAUUGUGAUCAAGAAGGACUUUUAAUGGUUCAUAGCUCCAAAAUGUAUCCUACCGAGGACUGCACCUUUUUCCAAGUAUUGGGUCGCGUAAUGAGUGGUACUCUUCACGCUGGUACAGAUGUAAGAAUAUUGGGAGAAAAUUAUACUCUACAAGAUGAAGAAGAUUCAAGGGUGCUUACUAUUGGGAGAUUAUGGAUAUAUGAGUCUAGAUAUAAAGUUGAGCUUAACAGAGUUCCUGCAGGAAAUUGGGUACUUAUUGAAGGUAUAGAUCAAUCUAUAGUGAAAACAGCCACUCUUACCGAUUUGUCUAUAAAUGAUGAUUUGUAUAUCUUUAGGCCUUUAAAGUUUAAUACACAGAGUAUUAUUAAAAUUGCUGUUGAACCUGUAAAUCCAUCAGAAUUACCAAAAAUGUUGGAUGGUUUGAGGAAAGUCAACAAAUCGUAUCCGCUCUUAAAUACUAGAGUGGAAGAAUCUGGUGAACAUGUAGUUUUGGGCACUGGAGAAUUGUAUUUGGACUGUGUAAUGCAUGAUUUAAGAAAAAUGUACUCUGAAAUUGAUAUUAAAGUUGCUGAUCCUGUAGUUGCUUUUUGUGAAACUGUGGUGGAAACUUCAAGUUUGAAAUGCUUUGCUGAAACUCCAAACAAGAAAAAUAAGUUAACAAUGAUUGCUGAACCAUUGGAAAAAGGCCUGGCUGAAGAUAUCGAAAAUGAGAACGUACAAAUUACCUGGGAUAAAAAGAGACUGGGAGAAUUUUUCCAGACGAAAUUUGAUUGGGAUUUGCUGGCCGCUAGAAGUAUUUGGGCAUUUGGACCAGAUAACACUGGUCCCAAUAUCCUGGUAGAUGAUACUUUGCCCUCAGAAGUAGACAAAGGUCUACUAAGUUCUGUGAAGGACUCAAUCGUCCAAGGUUUCCAAUGGGGUACUAGAGAAGGCCCAUUAUGUGAAGAACCAAUAAGAAAUACCAAAUUUAAAAUUUUGGAUGCUGUUAUUGCACAGGAACCUUUGCACAGAGGUGGUGGUCAAAUUAUUCCCACCGCUAGAAGGGUAGUUUAUUCAGGUUUUCUAAUGGCAACGCCUAGAUUGAUGGAACCAUAUUUGUUCGUUGAAGUACAGGCUCCUGCUGAUUGUGUGUCUGCUGUUUAUACUGUAUUAGCCAAACGUCGUGGUCACGUGACACAAGAUGCUCCAGUACCUGGUUCUCCCCUCUACACUAUUAAAGCUUUCAUUCCAGCUAUAGAUAGUUUUGGAUUUGAGACUGAUUUAAGGACUCAUACACAAGGACAGGCUUUUUGUUUGUCAGUGUUCCAUCAUUGGCAGAUUGUUCCUGGUGAUCCUCUCGACAAAUCGAUUAUAAUCAGGCCGCUAGAACCACAACCUGCAACCCAUUUGGCUAGAGAGUUCAUGAUCAAAACCAGAAGAAGAAAAGGCUUGAGUCAAGACGUUUCUAUUAAUAAGUUCUUCGACGAUCCUAUGUUGCUCGAGUUGGCUCGGCAGGACGUUAUGCUUAAUUAUCCAUUAUUGUAAUAAGGUAUUUUAUUCAAGUAUACAUUUUAUAUCAUUUAAGGAUUUUAUGUUUUUUAUUUAGUCUCCUCAUGAAAUUAGUAGAAUUUAAAUCAAAUUGAACUUUAUCCGAAUGCAUUUGGGUUUCUAAAUAUUUCAAAACUUUGGAACCCAGGUAUACUGGAUAGACUUGUUUGUUUUGUAUUCCUCAUAUUAUUGUUUUUUGCUAGAAAGUUAUUCCAGUUUCACUAAAAUAUUUAUGCACUCAUGCUUCAAACUUUUUUUUUAAAAAAAAAGCAUCUUAUAUUAAUAGGAAACAAUUAAAAAAUUCAAAAAAC